GGGUUGUCCAGAAAUAUGGAACUUCCGUAAUCCUAGACUCAGAGGCUAGGAUUACGGUACCAUAAUCCUAGCCACUGCCAUUAAUUAAUUGUCAUUUACAACAUUUUCCUCAUAGAAUAUUAUAUUGAAACUUUCCCAAAAAUGCUGCAACAGUCAUUCCAGAUCAAAUAAUGAAAAGUAACCCAUUGUCAGGCCUUAUGUGUUGACAGUGAGCAUGCAUAUAAAAACACUUCCUUCCCCAGUAAUUUUGGAUAAAUAUUUUGUUAUACAGAUAAAUGUAAGUCAUUUAUUUAUACAGAAUAUUUACCAGUUUUGUUUUUGUUUACACCAGUUGGUGUUGUAAGUAGUUACUAUUAGAUGGUGUGUUCAAUUAUAUAAAUAUAUAACCGAUUGCAAUCGAAUAAUUCGCAGGUGGUUGACUUCAUCAUCUGUCUGGGUUUAUCAUCAGAACCAGUAAACCAUGUUACCCCCUGACUUCAAUGAGAGCUAGCUAGACAAGCUUACUGUGUCGCUGAGUGGCUGCUUUUUAAUUUUCUGACAUUUGCAGUCACCACAGUUUGACCGUCACAAUAUAAAACAAACUGUAUACGUAUGAUUGUGUCGGAUAAUAGUUCGACAAGGAGUUCACUGAUAUGUAGCCAGUCUCCUUCCAUCCUGUAGCUACUUCCUUUAAGAAUGGUUUCCCAUGAUAGAUCUGUACAGACCAAUCAUAUUCCACCGUAGAACCUACAUUUUGUGUAUACCAAUCACUUAAAUUCCUAGUGUUGUUUUGAGAGACUGUCCAUUGUACCCAUCAUUCACAUACCUAGAACUGCAAAAAACAUUCUGAAAUGACGCUCACAGAGAGUGAAGAGGCACUGAUUGUGACCAAGAAGCAGACGAAAUAUGGAACAGUACAGGAGACUCAAGAUGGCAGCUCUGAUGAUCUGUACAGUCAGGCCCAGCAGAUACAGCAGAAAGAUCUUAACAUCAAGGUAUAUAAGAGAAGAUGGUAUAUACUGUUUGUGUAUGGCAUGUUUGCAAUGACUCAGUGUGCUGUGUGGAACACAUUCAGUCCUAUCUCUGCUGUGGGCGAGAGAGUAUUUGGCUGGGACACUGCUGGUCUGUCCUUGCUCACAAACUGGGGGCCUAUAGCAUACCUUCUUGGAACAUUCGCAUUUUCAUGGCUUCUUGAUGUAAAAGGUUUACGGCCAGCAUGUGUUUUGAGUGCAUUUUUGGUAGCGGCUGGAACAGGUUUAAGAUGUAUCACAUCAAAAUCUUCUGUUGCAACUCCAUUGAUCCAUUUUGGUCAGUUUUUAAAUGGUUUGGCAGGACCUAUUGCAAUGGGAGCACCUCCAGCACUGUCGGCAGAAUGGUUUCCACCGGAACAGAGGACAACUGCCACGGCCAUAGCAACUGUAACCAAUACUCUUGGCCUUGCUGUCUCAUUCUUACUGGGUCCUUACCUUGUACCUGUACAGAAGCUACACAAGAAUAACACAGUGGCACUGAAUUCUAGUCUACAGAUUUUCAGUAUUGGUGAAAGUUUAUCAUCAGCAUCAAACUCAUCAAACAGUUCAUCCGCAGAUACUUGCGAAGAACAGAUAAGCACCGUUACAGAAUCCAGGGACACUGCAUUUGGUGUGUCAGCAUUAUGUUUUUUGUUGUUCUUCACAUAUUUCCCCUCGAAACCGCCGUUACCUCCAAGCCCCACGGCAUCCAUGGUCAGGCUCGACUUUAAAGUCGGUGUUAUCAAGUUAGCAAGAAACCGGACGUUUUGGUUGAUAUGCUUUAUUUAUGGGUUAUCUAUGGGCAUACUUGGUUGUUUUAAUGGUGUGUUAGAUGUAAAUCUCAAAGAUCAUGACAUAUCACAGACGGAAGCAGCAUGGCUGGGUUUCUACGGUGUUAUUGGUACAUGUAUUGCCUGUAUUGUUGUGGGAAAAUGUGCUGAUAUUUUUGCCAAGCAUAUGAAGUGGUUUUUGGUUGUUCUCUAUAUUGCUGGUGGUGGAUGUUUUAUUGUGUUUGCACUUGCUUUGAUCUCUGUUGUACCAGAUACUGACGCUGCCAUAUAUACCAGCUAUAUCAGUGCUAACGUUUUUUUGGGUACUGCAUCUCCAUUGUUCUUCGAAAUGGCAUGUGAAGUAACAUAUCCGGUAGCUGAAGGGGUGACAAAUCUUGUCCUUACUUUGGUGAAUAACAUUGCAGGGUUACUGUUCCUGCUUGUACAGCUUCUUCCAAUAGGAACUAUGUGGGAGAAUUGGUGCUUGAUUGGUGCAAUAUUUGUGUGUUUACCCGUACUUUUACUUUUAAAAGAACGCUACAACAGAUUGGACAUAGACAUAGUGGUUGAAGAAAAUCAAACUUCCAGUGAAAAGAAAUAAUAUUGUUUGAAAGGGACAGAAUAUAUUGCGGUUGAAGAAAAUCAAGUGAAAAAAAACUCAUAUUUUUUGAAACAGACACCAUACUGUUGUUUACAUUGGACAAUAUUAUUAUUGGUUGAAAAAAUUUAAAAUGUACAGUGAAAACAACAAAUGCUGCUUGAAACGGACAAUACAUUUGAUGACUGAAAAAAAUCAGACAUUGAAAUUUAUCUCAUGUUGUUUUAAAUGGACAAUAACUGGAAUCCAAAAAAUGUUUACUACUAUUUUUUUAAUUAACAUAUUGUUGAGGGAUAAAAUACUUUGAUAUAAAGCUACAGUUAUCAACUUUUUGCGCUGAAGAGAUAAUGCAGUAUGCAUUAUAUCUUAUUUUCUUGUUUUUUUGACACUGAUAGAUGAUUUAUUGAAUUAAUACUGUUGGUGUAUAGAUAACUCAUUAAGCUAUGAUAGUAGGUGUAUAGGUAUUUUCUUUAACUGUAAUGGUAUGUGUAAAGAUGAGUUAUUACUCUGUGACCAUAUGUACAUAUUAAACUAUGACAUAGACACAGUAGGUGUAUUGAUAAGUUAUAACACUAUGAACGUAGGUGUAUAGAAAACUUAUUGAACUAUGAUGAUAGGUGUAUAGGUACCUUACUUAUUAAACUGUGAUGAUAGGUGUAUAGGUAACUUAUUUAACUGUGAUAGCAGGUGUAAAAACAAUUGUGAUAGUGUGUGUAUAGUUAGCUGAUUAAACUGUGAUAGUAGGUGUAUAGAUAACUUACAAGUAUGACUUUAGGGCCCAGAGGCAACAAAAUCAAUAAUUGUCCUAAUUUCCUAGCCUAUCCCAGAGCCUAAAUGGACAAGUAGAAUUUCACACCGUGAAACAGACAAGUGGAAAAAAGCUCCUGGCAAAAAAUAGACAAGUAAGUUAAAUCAGAUUUGCCAUCCCUCUGUUUUAACUUAUCAAACUAUAAUGGUAGAUGUAAAGAUAACUUAUUGAACUGUGAUAGAAGGUGUAUAGAUAACUUAUUAAGCUAUGACCUCUGGUAUAUAGAUAACUUAGUAAGUUGUUACUUUAGGUGUAUAUGUAACUUACUAUGUCUCCACAUGUGGGGGAGACAUUGAUUUAGUGCUGUCCGUCUGUAUGUCAAUCUGUUGCAAAGUUUGUCGCAACUCCUCCGACACCACUGGAUAGAUUAACACCAAACUUCACAAGAAUAAUAAUUGCAAAGUCUAGUUGUGCAUAUCGUCUGUAUUUUCUAAUUCGAUGAUUUGCAGCAGUGUAAUGGCCCCUGAUACACAAAGUUUAUUACUCUUUAGCAUACAAAAUACUAUUUCAACCAAACCUUACAGAAAUGAUCAGUGCCAUAAUAUCGGCAUGUUCUGAUUCAGUGAUUUUUAGAGGAGUUAUGGCCCUAUAAUUGUCAAAUGGUGUGAUAUUUUGGCAGCUUCUCUUACACCAUUGGGCAGAUUUUCACCAGACCUUACAGGGGAUAUCAGUACCAAGCCUAGCUAUUUAUACAUAUUAUCAGCAUGUUCAGAGUUAUGGCCUUUGAUUUGUCAGGGGCCUCCGUGAUUGAGUGGUUAAGGUCGCUGACUUCAAAUCACAUGCUCCUCUCUGAUGUGGGUUGGAGCCUCACUUGGGGCGUUGAAUUCUUCAUGUCAGGAAGCCAUCCAGCUUACGGAAGGUCGGUGGUUCCACCCAGGUACCCGCCCGUGAUGAAAUAAUGAAUGGAGGGGCACCUUGGGACUUCCUCCACCAUCAAAGCUGGAAAGUCACCAUAUGAUCUAAAUUGUGUCGGUGCAACGUUAAACCCAUUUAAAACAUUACUCUUUUUAAGUUGAUAAGAAUUUUAGUAUAUCUAGAUGUAAACAACCACUUUUACAGAAAUAUAUAAAUGAAAGUUUUUAUCUUAGUUUAGAUUAUCAUCGCUAUCCAGUUCACCUUUGAUCUGAUCAUGGAUGAUAUUUGCUUUUUAAGACAUUUUUUAUAACGCGCAUAUAGUGCCAUGGUUUUCAAAUCUCGGUGUCUUAAUUAGUAGUACUUAUUUUAUGGCAGUUUUUAAAUAAAGGUUAGCGAUGGUAAUCUGACUUUUAUGAUAGUAAUUAGUCUAUGAGUGUGCAAUGAUUUUAUGUAUCUUAUAAUUCAUUUAUUGAAUGACCAAUAACAUGUUAGAUACAUUCGUUAUAUAUACAUAUAAACUACCAAAUAUGCUGUAUAUACAUAUAAUUAGGCUGAAUUUCACCAAACCUCACGAGUGAUUAGUGUGAAGCGUAGUUGUGCAUAUUAUCGUCAUGUUCUGUUAAUGAUUUUCAGCCAGGUCGUGACCCUUGAUUUGUCAAAGUCUUAGAUUUGUGCUGCUUCUCCUAUACCACUGGUUGGAAUUCCACCAAACUUUUCAAUGCAAAGCCUAGUUGUGUACUUCAUUGGAAUGUUAUGGUUCAGUGAUUUUCCUUGGAGUUAUGGCCCUUAAUUUGUGGCAUUUCUGCAUGGUUAGUGGCAGGAGACAUGUUUUUCGUAAAAAACAAUAUGACAAUAGGUGUAUAGAUAAUUUGUUAAACUAUGAGGUUGUUAAUCAUGGUCAUUUUUGUCAUAUAAAUAAGGACUGAGCGUUGCAAUAUCCAAAAUAUAAUUUAAAUGUACACUAGAUACUAUUUAGGGUAAUAAAGAAGUAGUUUUACCUGAUUGUAUAAUUACAUAAUAAUCAUUAAAUAUUUGUGAUAUUUAAUUAUGCUUGAUAUUUGAAUGAAUUAUAUUUGUGUAAAAUGGUGAAUAUGGUUAUUCUGAAUAAGAUAUUGCACUGGUUUUACUGGUAUCAGCCAUUUAACACUUAUCUGGUUAUGAUUUUUUGUUAUUUUCUUAUAAACUGUUUUAGAAUUCCUGUUAAUUCUGGUAGCUUCUUAUUAAGAUAUCUGAUCCACAAAUAGAUAACAUUUCGAUGCCUGGUGAUCCCAUGUCUUUUGGUACGUGUCUGCUGAACAAGAAUUAGUAAAUAAAACGACCAUAGUAAUAUGCACAAAUCAUAACAGUCAUGACUGCAAAAUGAUAAAUCUUACACUGUUAUAACUGGACUUCUGUUGAAGUAUCAUUGAAAACUAUAAAGUAAAAAAAAAAUUCUAUAACAUAUUUUCUCAUCUGGUUUAUUAUUUCUUUUUCAGUAGCAAAUGCACUUUCAAAUGAUACCAAAAUUAUAUGAGCUUACCAGGCAUCAAUAUUUGAUAUAUUUUAAUAGCACAGUUAUAUAGAACUUGCUUAUUUCAAGUUAUUUGUGGACCUUUAGGAAGUGGAUCAGUACUGACAAUCGGCUUUUUCAGUGCAAUGUACAUAUACUUCGUAUACGAUUUCGACAUCCUUCGGCUAUAUCAGAAUUUUUUUUUCACAACAACCGGAGAAUGCCAAAAACAUAUAGCGAAAUACGUAAUCGAACAUAAAUUGCAGAUUGUCAUUACGGGUCAUGACAAUAUAUUGGUUAUUUUCCAUGCGAUUACGUAAUUUCAUUAUGCGAUUUUGGCAUCACUCGGCCAUAACAGAAAAUUAUUUUUCUUAACAACCGGAGAAUUCCGAAAAAACACGGGGUAUUACGGAGAAUACAUAAUCGAAUGAAAAAUGCUGAUUAUCAUUUUAUUUAUGGGUCCAGUACAUUAAGCCAGUCAAGCCUGAAAACAGGCUUUAAGUAAGAGUUCCCUUAAUAUUUACAUAUAUUAUUGUCAGGUAUCAACUUAUUCAUUGGAUUGUUUCUGUUUAGUUUUUGUUUACUAUUUUGAAUUAUUCCAUUAAUUUAGUUUA